UUUAUGCUAAUUUCUGUGCCACUAAAAACAUUUCCUUUGAAGUUUACCUCAGAAAUUUCCGCUUCGGUAACGUCUCGCACUAUAUGUGGCACGCGACUUAAGAAAAGAUUGACGUGCCGCGAGACACCUUUCAAUCGCUGUGUUUAGUCAGCCCGUUUAGUUCGGGUGGAGGUGGUGGGGAUUCCGUUUUUUCCCCGAACUCAUCACAUUAAGAUUAACAAGCCGUCUUUAAGAGGAUCCUCUAUGGUCAUUCAUGAACUUGUUGAACACCCAGCCCUCCGCGGGACCCUUCACAUCGAGAGUGAAGCUCAUUAACAGUGCAGAUGCCAAGCUGCAAUAGAGGAUGAUUGACAGAAGGCAAACCUGAAACGGGUGUCAGUCAACAUCCAGCCAGAGAGUCGAUUCAUCAGAGUGUCAGAAGCAUUGCUCUCUCUCCAGCCCGACCGAUCACUUCAUCUUCUCUGCCUCCACUUCUCUUAUCUCUGCUGGCACCCCGACCCUGCCCCUUCCCAGCGGACACAAUAAAGACCAGAGGUGGAGAUAGAAGAAUCGGGCUUGACGACCUUUCAGUGACCAAAGCGAAGCUGGUAUGCUGCUGCCCCUCUUCUGUCCCAUGUUCAGCAAAAGUUGGAUUAUUUUGUAAACCAGACCCAGAUCUUCCUCUCCAUUCCCUCUUUCUCUAUCUCUCCUUCUCUCGUGCAUCUUUGAGAGGAAGGGCGCAGACGGAUACUUUACAUCACAGUGAAUAGUCUAUUGGAGGGGCGGCCCGAAUAAAGGAAGCAGCCAUGCGUUUCCCACUGCUCUUGACACUGCAGGCAUCAUGGCUGACUGUUUGUCAGGCCACGCAGCACUAUCCCACAACCUGGGGACACUACGACUUGUGCAAGUCACAUGGCUACACGGACGAAGGCCCGACCUGGUAUUACAUGGCCUGUCAGCCUGAAGCCGCGGACAUGACCAAGUACCUAAAAGUGUUUCUUGACCCACCCAACAUCACCUGUGGAGACCCACCAGAGACCUACUGCACCCUGGAAAACCCCUAUAUGUGCAACAACGAGUGCGACACAGCCACAGAAGAGCUGGCCCACCCCCCUGAGCUCAUGUUUGACUUUGAGGGCCGCAACCCCACCACUUUCUGGCAGUCCACCUCCUGGAAGAAGUACCCUAAACCUCUGGCAGUCAACAUAACCCUGUCAUGGAACAAGACCAUUGAGCUGACCGACGACAUUGUCAUCACUUUUGAGUCGGGUCGGCCGGAGCAGAUGGUUCUGGAGAAGUCUCUGGACUAUGGACGUAGCUGGCAGCCCUACCAGUUCUACGCUACCGACUGCCUUGACGCUUUCACUAUGGAGCCCAAAACGGUGAAGGACAUUACCCAGCACACAUUGCUGGACAUUAUCUGCACUGAGGAAUAUUCCAGAGGUUAUGUGUGGAAGAACGACAAGACUGUACGCUUCGAAAUCAAAGACCGUUUUGCACUGUUCGCCGGCCCCAAGCUGCACAAUAUGGCCUCGCUGUAUGGACAACUGGACACAACCAAGAACCUGAGAGACUUUUUCACCAUUACUGACCUGCGCAUACGUCUGCUCAGGCCUGCCACGGGCGCCACCAUGGUGGAUGAGAACAACCUUUCCAGAUACUUCUACGCCAUCUCUGACAUUAAAGUACAUGGCAGGUGCAAGUGCAACCUUCACGCCAACAGCUGCAUCUAUGACAAAGAGAGACUGACUUGCGAGUGUGAGCACAACACCACGGGGCCUGACUGUGGCCGCUGUAAGAGGAAUUAUCAGGCCAGAGCUUGGAGCGCAGGAUCCUAUCUCCCCAUCCCCAAGGGCACAUCAAAUAUCUGUCUGCCAAAUAGUGUUGGCCCAGUUAUUCGGCAGAACAUUUCAUCCCUAGGUGUCGCUAACCGAAAUCAAGUAGCUCCUCAAGUUGCUUUGUCAACCGUUCCUUCUGUACAAGUUGCAAACAGUAAAAGAGACUGUAAUUGUAAUCCCUUUGGCUCAGACACUGAUCGCUGUAAUGGCACAGGAUAUUGUAAAUGUAAGGAGGGAGCGACAGGGGCUAAGUGCCAUGAGUGUCUGCCAGGAUAUUUGUGGGACAAUGGCUGCAAAUGUAAGUAGAACCUCCACCCAACCUGCAGCUUCAGUCCCCUGCUCUCUUUUGCGUCUCUCUUUCUCUACCCCUCCCUCCCUUCUUCUUUCCCUCUUUCUAUUUUCUCUGUUUGCUGCUUCUUUUUGGCUUACCCGGGAAUGAGCAGCUUGGUUUGCUUACAGCACUUGGAAACAAAAACAAAAAAAACUUGGACUGACUUCCAUCCGGGGCUCAGUCACACCUGUUAUGCUGCCUUGUUAGUGGGUUAACUGCAGAAUUCAUUUUGAGGGAAUUAUUCUAAUCAUUUAUUAGCAUUGUUUUUAUUAAUAGUAUUAUUGUAGAAUUUUUCUCAAGCACAGAGAUAAACCAUGCAAACAAUCCUCGGGCACAAUCCCAUGCACGUGCAUUUGCGCAGAUGAACACAGGCAGCUGAGCUAAUAUUUGGAGUGAGCAGAACAUUUUACGCCUGUGCUGUUUUCUCUGGCUGUUUGCUGUUAUGGCCACACUGUGAUGGCUGGUUCUUCUCUCUUGGCUCCAAGCGCUGUGGUUGAAACGAUCCGUAGGUCAAGCAUUGAUUUGUAUUCUUCAAUGGGCUUCCAGCAUCAAAGGUCAACAUUUAACAAAGCCUCAGAUAUCACACAGGGACGUUGGCUGUAAUAAUGUGAGAUGGACAGUCCAGUAAAUAUGUGUAUAUUGAGUUCUGUGUAGCUUUAGACCCAACACUACAAGGCUGGUUUAGUUGAGAAGCAGAAAUUCACAACAUCACACGUCACGAGAGUAAAGUAAACCAGAGCGUUUGGUACAAAUAGUGACAUGUGGCAAAUGCACUCCCAUUACUGUCUGUUCUGGGAAACAUAUUGGAGAGAAAUAAAGAGACAUGACUCUUUAUACACAUCCAUCAUUCACCAGCAUGAAGAUGCAUUACCAUGUGCCUGUUUCAGCCAAUGGUAUGCACUAAGGUAAAUCACCAUAACCAUUUUAAUUUGAUGUUGUCAUCAGCACAGACGCUUUUCGUUAGACGUCCUAGACAAGAGAUUUAAGUUUUGAGCAUUUGUCUCAUUCAAAGUCCCAAAGGCCAUAAUGUGUGUGAUAAAUGCAAUCUAAGGCUCAUUUUCCUGAUCCCGUCCAUCUGUAUGCAGAUUUCGGUAUGCAAUUAAUGCUCAAAUCUUUCUUCAAAUAAGCCUUUUCUUCCCAGCGCACCAUGCAAUCUACUGCUGUUCUCAAUAAAUAUUAUCCCUCUUAUCAAAAGCAAACCCAAUAAAUUGCUCAAUUCUCUUAUUACCGUUUAUUUACAUGCAAGCAAAUUGCAAAUGCAGAACUGGAGGUUGAGCACUUUUUUCCUGCUUGUGAGUGCACAUGCUUUAAACAUACAGAGCUUCUGUUGCUCUCUUAAAAUAGGUGCUUAUAUUUAUUAGAUGUGCAUGGGCUCUAGAGAGCGUGGCGUAGGCUAUAGAGGUUAAACUGUUUGUAGGACCAACAGCAGAGUAAAUAGUUUCCAUGCCCCCCUCCAUUGGAAGGUAAAGGUGUUUGUUAGCACCCAUAACAGCUAUAAAUCACUGACACGGCUCUUCUUGCCUCAGCACCUUUUCCUGGUCAUCAGGGGAUAUCAAACUGAGGAGACAGAAAGAGUUGAACUCACAGGGUGAAGCAAAAAGACCCAAACUCUUGAGAGAUACAUUACCUGCAAAACUGUGCCUCUUUUAAGUCUUUCUUCAGAUGAAGCACAAGAACACUCUUUCCAAAGGCCACAGUUGUGGAAAAGGCAAUCGAUCAAUUUGCUCUCUUUCCCUCAAAGAGGAGGUGUUCUAAAACUCUUUCCACAGACACAAUCCACUCAUUACCUCUUACUUCUUUUUGUACAAUCUCCUUUUCAUGAACAGUUUGGUAAAAGGCAACAUUGAUGUCUCAAUUGCAAACAGUCAAUAUGCCGUACACUUGUGAAGACUCAAUUCAUUUAUAAUAGGAAACAUCUACAGUAGUCUAAACGUGUUUUGUGCAGUUUAGGAGUUUAAAAUCUCCUAUCCAGAACACUGAAUCAAUAAAGAAUCUCUAUCUUUUGAUUCAUCAUUUCUUUAUUGUUUCUUAAAGACAAGGAAAAAUAGACAGGGUAAAAUGUGCUCAGGGACAGUUGAUGGUCAGGUCAUUACUACACCAGAGAAAAACAGGCACUGUAAAAAUAAAAAAGGAAGUUGUAAAUAAAGCAAAGAUUAUUACAGUACAUUUUACAAGAAAAUACUGUUUCAGUCUUUCUACUAUAAUUCUGCAUCAUAUUCCAUUUAUUGCCAUUUCUUUGGAAUUCUUUGAAAUUUACUAGCAAUUUCUGAGGGAAAAUAGUUUACAAGUAAAUCCUACACCUUUUUUUGUUAGAUUCUUUUAUUAAGACUAGAUAAACUAAUCUAAUCUAGAUACUCUAAUCUACAUCAACUUCAAACACAAAUAGCUUAUUGAGGGCAACUAUAACUUUGUUAUAAUGCCCAUAUGUUUCUUAACAUUUUGACUCUGAUUUAAGAAGUCUUACAAGAUCGGAGAGAAAAGACUGAAACAAGUGAAGUGUUACAUUAGGUAAAUGCCCUAUUUUGGC